AUGUCGAGCUUCAUAACCAACCUCUUCCCCUCCGCACAAGCUGGUAAACAUGACAACAUCUUACCAGUGCCCCCACCACCUCUGCAUACUCGAACCAGUCAGAAUGAAGGUCUCAGCGAUCGCCCCAGUACUCCCGUUAACAGAAGCAACUUCAUCAAUCCCGUCUCAACACCACAAGGAAGUCCAAGCAAGAAUCGCAAUCCUCCUGGAGCAAACGAGUUACCUACAGCUUUCGAUACUGCUAUGAAGCUUACACCUGCCAAUUUGAGCAGCCCUACCAAACUUGGUCGUGUUCAAAUUGGCACACCACUGACUCCAGGAAAGGGAGCGAAUGCCAACGCAGUCGAAGAGUACUUGGAUAAUUCUACCGCCAAUACUGAUGACAGUGUACUUCACAAAUCAACAAUUACUUCAGGAAGCCCUGUGCGACGACAAGGUAAAGAAAAUAAUACCCCUGCAACCACCAGACAAACAGAUUCUCCUUCGCUCAAUCAAGCAGCAAUUUCGCGCCAGGAGCUUUAUCAAACUCGAGAAAUCCCACCACCGCCUACAAGAAGAUACAACACCCAACGUGGCUUGACGGCUGAGGAAUUGGAGAUUUUGCACAAGCCCAAUGUCAAGCGUCUGGCCAAUGUUACUCAGCUUUACUUCCUCGAUUAUUAUUAUGAUCUCUUAAGUUACGUUGGCUCACGACAAAAUCGACUCAAUCACUUCAAGGCAGAAUAUCCCGCUCCUCCUUCAACUCCCGAAGAAACAUACAUUCCCGUGUGGUCAAAAUAUGCUGGUAGAGAGCGUGCCAAUUUACGCAAGCGUCGAGUUCGUCUACGCCAAGGCGAUUUCCAAAUUUUAACACAAGUUGGACAAGGUGGUUAUGGACAAGUGUUUCUCGCUCAGAAGAAAGAUACCAGGGAAGUCUGCGCUUUGAAGGUUAUGAGCAAGAAGUUGUUGUUCAAGCUUGAUGAGAUUAGACAUGUUCUUACGGAACGUGAUAUCUUGACUAAUGCCAAGAGCGAAUGGCUCGUUAGAUUGCUCUACUCAUUUCAGGAUGAGAAGAGUAUAUAUCUAGCCAUGGAAUACGUUCCAGGUGGAGAUUUCCGAACUCUGCUGAACAAUACUGGUGUUCUUGCUAAUAGACAUGCUCGAUUCUACAUUGCCGAAAUGUUCUGUUGCAUUGAUGCUUUACAUCAGCUCGGUUACAUUCACCGAGAUCUCAAACCUGAAAAUUUCUUAAUUGAUUCGACAGGACAUGUCAAGCUCACAGAUUUCGGACUUGCUGCAGGUUUCCUUGCUCCAGGUAAGAUUGAGUCUAUGCGUGUCAAGCUUGAAAAGGUUGGGGAGACAUACGUUCCAUUCGGUAAACCUAUCGAGGAGCGUACUGUUGCCGAACGCAGAGAAGGUUACAGAUCAUUGAGAAACCAAGACGUCAAUUAUGCCAAGUCAAUUGUUGGUUCACCUGAUUACAUGGCCCCUGAAGUUUUGAAAGGUGAUGAGUAUGACUUCUCGGUCGAUUAUUGGAGCUUGGGCUGUAUGCAUUUCGAAGCCUUGACAGGCUUUCCUCCAUUUGCUGGUUCCACUGUCGAUGAAACAUGGAAGAACUUGAAGCAUUGGAGAGAAGUAUUGAAGAGACCAGUCUGGGAGGAUCCAAAUUACUUCAUUAGUAAUCGUACCUGGAACUUCAUCACAAGCUGCAUUACAUCCAAGGUUAAGCGCUUUUCCAACAUUUCGGAAGUCUACGGACACCAGUACUUUGCCGAGGUUGACUGGAACACUCUUCGUUCGCAACGUGCUCCAUUUGUUCCAGAGCUAGAUUCCGAAACUGAUGCGGGCUACUUCGAUGACUUUGGUAAUGAAGCUGACAUGGCUAAGUACAAAGAAGUCCAUGACAAGCAAACUGCAUUGGAGAACAUGGCCGAUAGAGAAGAUCCUAUGAGCAAGAGUUUGUUUGUCGGAUUUACAUUCAGACACCGCAAACCAAAUACGGAUGAUGAUGGGAAAUCUAGCCCAAGAAAGGCCAUUCCAACUGACGGCACUUUUGGGACUAUGUUAUGA